UAGCAUUCUCCAUAUGAAAUUUUGAAACCUUUUCUUGCAGAUUAGUUUUUCUAUACUGAAUAAGAUCUACUUUUUUUUUUCGUUUAUUAGAUUUUCAUUUUUAAAUUUUUAGUUUUUUUAAUUUUCUCCAUGUUUAAAAUUUCUUGCUCAAUGUCAAAUUUCCACCCCGUUAUUUUUGUACUGAUUAAGAUCUAUUUUUUUUCGUUUAUUAGUUUUUUUAAUUUUUAAUUUCUUAUAUUUUUUUUGUUUUUACAUUAUCAUUUUUGUAGAUCUAUGAAUAUCAUUUGAAAAAGAUUCGAGAGAGAGAGAAUUUUGGGAGUUAUUUUUUGGGAGAAAGAAGAAGAGAGUUAAGGUCUGGAGAAGGCGAUUUUGUGUCGGCAAGUUUUGAUUUUGCUGCUGUUUUUGGGGCUCCGUUGUUGAAGCUCUGUUCCUCAUCUUCUUCCUUCUUCUCUGCUCACUAUUUUGCAGAUCCAAGAGAUAACACUUUCAAGCUCCAUCGAUAAAUUCAGAUCUUCAUCUGCGCAGAAAAAUAAAAAAUAGCAGCCUGCAUAAAGUAGAAAUAAUUGUGUGCUGGUAGGUAAAACUCGUGGUGGCUAUCGCCUAGCGUGACGUUACUAACCUAACCUCAGCUCCCUACACCCCAUUGUUAUUAACCACCUUCAUCUUCAUCUUCACCUUCACCUGCAACAUACUCCGACUGCGAGAAAAUGUCUGCAACGCCAACCGUCGCACAGCUCCAAGUGGAAUCCGUGGUAUUCCCACCCACAGUGAAGCCACCGGGCUCCGACAAGACGUUAUUCCUCGGCGGCGCAGGGGUGCGAGGGAUGGAGAUCCAAGGGAACUUCGUCAAAUUCACCGCCAUCGCCGUCUACAUGGAGGGCACCGCCAUCCCCGCGCUCGCGCCCAAGUGGAGCGCCAAAACCGUCGAUGAAAUGGCCGAUUCCGCCGACUUCAUCCGCGAAAUCAUCGCCGGUCCGUUUGAGAAACUGACGAAAGUGACGAUGAUUCUGCCGCUAACAGGGCAGCAAUACUCGGAGAAAGUUGCAGAGAACUGCACUGCUUACUGGAAAGCAGUUGGGAAAUACACAGAUGCAGAGGGCAAAGCAGUAGAGGAAUUUCUUCAAGUCUUCAAGGAUGAAAGCUUCUCACCUGGGGCAUCCAUCCUCUUCACUCAAUCACCUGCUGGCUCACUCACGAUUGCCUUCUCCAAAGAUGGUUCCAUUCCAGAGCAAGGCAAAGCUGUGAUAGAGAACAAACUGCUAGCAGAGGCGAUUCUCGAGUCCAUCAUCGGGAAGCAAGGAGUGUCGCCUACUGCAAGGCAGAGCUUGGCCGCGAGAGUUUCCGAGUUGUUGAAGCAGACUUCGCUCGCUGCUGAGGCACAAUGAAUCAAGAAACAUGAAUAAGAUCAUCACCAUAAAUAAAAUUGUAAUAGGCUUCGCAUAUGUUGGUAUUCUGUAAUUUUCACUCAAAUUUGAAUGCUUAUCAGUAAUCAAUGAUUGUGAUUCUGCUGUUA